AGCGGCCGGGGAGGGGCGCGCGCCACCCGGGCCGGCGUCGGGCUGGGCGCUCCGGAGAGCCGGAGGGAGAACCGGGCACGGAGCGCCGGCCCGGGGAGUCCCGCCGCCCAUGAGCUCCCCGCCGCCCGCCCGCAGGGGCUACUACCGCCAGGAGGUGACCAAGACCGCCUGGGAGGUGCGCGUCGUGUACCAGGACCUGCAGCCCGUGGGCUCGGGCGCUUAUGGCGCGGUGUGCUCGGCCGUGGACAGCCGCACGGGCGGCAAGGUGGCCAUCAAGAAGCUGUACCGGCCCUUCCAGUCGGAGCUGUACGCCAAGCGCGCCUACCGCGAGCUGCGCCUCCUCAAGCACAUGCGCCACGAGAACGUGAUCGGGCUGCUGGACGUGUUCACUCCAGAUGAGACCCUGGAUGACUUCACAGACUUUUACCUGGUCAUGCCGUUCAUGGGCACGGACCUGGGCAAGCUCAUGAAGCACGAGACACUGAGCGAGGACCGCAUCCAGUUCCUCGUCUACCAGAUGCUGAAGGGGCUGAAGUAUAUCCACGCGGCCGGCGUCAUUCACAGGGACCUGAAGCCCGGCAACCUGGCAGUGAACGAGGACUGUGAGCUGAAGAUCCUGGACUUCGGCCUGGCCAGGCAGGCCGACAGCGAGAUGACUGGAUACGUGGUGACGCGGUGGUACCGGGCGCCCGAGGUCAUCUUGAACUGGAUGCACUACACACAGACAGUGGACAUCUGGUCUGUGGGCUGCAUCAUGGCGGAGAUGAUCACAGGGAAGACGCUGUUCAAGGGCAAUGACCACCUGGACCAGCUGAAGGAGAUCUUGAAGGUGACGGGCACGCCACCCGAUGAGUUUGUCCAGAGGCUGCAGAGCACGGAUGCGAAGAACUACAUGAAGGGCCUCCCCGAGUUGGAGAAGAAGGAUUUUGCCUCCAUUCUGACCAAUGCAAGCCCUCUGGCGGUGAACCUCCUGGAGAAAAUGCUGGUGCUGGACGCAGAGCAGCGGGUGACGGCGGCCGAGGCCCUGACCCACCCGUACUUCGAGUCGCUGCACGACGCGGAGGAGGAGCCCCAGGCCCAGAAGUACGACGCGUCCUUUGAUGACGUGGACCGCACCCUGGACGAGUGGAAGCCCCGCGGCCUCCUCCCCGCCUGGGCGCUGCGGUUCCUCCCCGCCUGCAGCCGGCAGCCCCAGCCCCAGCCCCAGCCCCGCCCGGCGUGGCGCUGCUCCCGGGGCUGCGAGGUGGGGAGGGCAGUGCAGUCACCUUCGAGUGCGGGCGGCUGGGCCCUUCCACCCGCCGCGGCCAUGCGGACCGCCCUGGUGUACCACGAGGACAUGACGGCGCCCCGGCUGCUGUGGGAGGACCCCGAGUGUGAGAUCGAGCGUCCGGAGCGCCUGACCGCCGCCAUGGGGCUCCUGCAGCAGCGGGGCCUGGAGCAGCGGUGCCUGCGGUUGGCGGCCGGAGAGGCCUCGGAGGCAGAGCUGGGCCUGGUGCACAGCCCAGAGUACGUGGCCCUGAUGCGGGGGACUCAGGCCCUGGGCACGGAGGAGCUCCGGGCACUGUCUGGACAGUACGAUGCCGUCUACUUGCAUCCGAGCACCUUCCACAGUGCUCAGCUGGCCGCCGGGGCUGGGCUGCAGCUGGUGGAUGCCGUGCUGACGGGAGCUGUGCACAAUGGGCUCGCCCUGGUGAGGCCUCCUGGGCACCACAGCCAGAGGGCUGCCGCCAACGGAUUCUGCGUGUUUAAUAAUGUGGCCAUCGCGGCCAGACAUGCCCAGCAGAAGCACGGGCUGCACAGGAUCCUCAUUGUUGACUGGGACAUCCACCACGGCCAGGGCACCCAGUACACCUUUGAGGACGACCCUAGCGUCCUCUACUUCUCCUGGCACCGUUACGAGCACGGGCGCUUCUGGCCUUACCUGCAGGAGUCGGACGCAGUAGCUGUCGGGCAGGGGCGGGGCCGCGGCUUCACUGUCAAUCUGCCCUGGAACCAGGUGGGGAUGGGAAAUGCUGACUACCUGGCUGCCUUCCUGCACGUGCUGCUCCCCCUGGCUUUUGAGUUUGAUCCUCAGCUGGUGCUGGUCUCGGCAGGAUUUGACUCAGCGAUCGGGGACCCCGAGGGGCAGAUGCAGGCCACGCCAGAGUGCUUUGCCCACCUCACGCAGCUGCUGCGGGUGCUGGCCGGCGGCCGGGUCUGCGCCAUGCUGGAGGGCGGCUACAACCUGGAGUCGCUCUCCGAGUCCGUGUGCACGACUGUGCAGGCCCUGCUGGGGGACCCCGCCCCGCCCCUGUCAGGGCCCAUGGUGCCGCAUCGCAGCGCCCUGGAGUCCAUCCAGAGUGUGCGGGCAGCCCAGGUCCCUCACUGGACAAGCCUCCAGCAGCAAGACUUGGCCCCCGUCUUGAACCCCAGCAAUCGCUCCCCAGAGGGGAGGCCCUCGCCUCUGCUGUCUCAGGGGCCCGAAUUCAAGGCUGCGGCGGCCCAGGCCACGGUGGCGCUGAGCUCCCUCCUGGACCGGCUGCACCUCCGCCCCAUGCCCCCUGUCCGCACUGUAGCUCUGGCUUCGCUGGACACUGCUCUGGUCCUGCCCCAUGAAGUCCCCCAUCAGGAGGGGUCAGCCCUGAAGGAGGAGGCACAGUCCUGGGCCAGCCUACACGAGGCCCUGGCCGAGGACGAGGCUGCCAGUGCACUUGGGAAGGUCCUGAACCUUUUGGAUAGGAUCUUGGAUGGGCAGGUUAGCAGUGGCAUCGCAGCCACCCCGGCCUCUGCUGCAGUUGCCACUCUGGAUGUGGCCAUUCGGUGUGGCCUUUCCCAGGGAGCUCAGAGGCUUCUCUGUGUGGCCGUGGGACAGCUGGAUCGGCCAUCAGACCUGGCAGAUGAUGGGAGGAACCUGUGGCUGAACAUCAGGGGCAAGGAGGCAGGCGUCCUGUCCAUGUUCCACGUCUCCAUGCCACUGCCCGGGACAACUGGCGGGUUCCUGAACUUCCUCCUGGCCCUAGUGCUGCCCCUGGCCUAUAGCUUCCGGCCUGACCUGGUGCUACUGGCACUGGGGCCGGACCAUGGCCUGCGGGACCCCCAAGCUGCGCUCCUGGCCUCCCUGCUGCGGGCCCCAGCAGGGUGCCGAGUCUUGGCCCUUGUGGAUGAGGAAUCCACAACCCGGCUUGCAGGCGUCCUGGCCCAGGUGCUGCACGGAGAGGCACCCCCCAGCCUGGGCCCCUUCUGCGUGGCCUCCCCAGAGGACACGCAGGCCCUGAUGCACCUGCGGGGGCAGCUAGAGCCGCAGUGGAAGAUGCUGCAGGUGGCGGCUCCCGCUUGAGCGCUGUGACCCUGUGGCUGAAAUCGGCCAGGGUGGGAGUAUGUACACCCGGAAGUGACACUACAAGACAGUCCCCCGAGAGAGCCGGUGGUUAGCCAUUCAGCAGCGCACCGCGGCCUGAGGCUGCUGUCCGGGCCGCCAGGCGCUGGACGCUGGCUCAGGGGACUGUGUCCACGGCAGCGACCAGGCCCCCUCCGCACCCGCCUCCACACGGAAGGCCCCGCCCAGGCUCCUCCACUCCAGUCAGUAAACAGUUAAGCGAA